UUGGCGGGGGUCACAGUAGCUGGUGUUCAGGAGGUUUCUUCAAGAGCUCCAGACCCAUGAUAGCAAGGGCUGAAGAUGACACUACUAGCAUAGUGCUACAUCUAAAACAUCCGUAAAGCUUGUAUCGUCCGAUUUGUGCUUUGUUUAGGAUCGAUUGCGAACAAGCUAUUUGACGGAAUCUUGUGUUGCGAGGACAAAGUGGCGAGGGGGAGAGAAGGGGAUUGUUCGGGUUGAAUGACGAGAACUAACUCCGUGUAGCUAUUUAAGCGUGCUUUGUGACUUCAAGUGGUUUCGAACUGCCGUCUUGAACUCGGGUUUACGAAUUCCAGCCCACCAUUUUGUCUCGAUACCGGACGACACCACAAACCGAUCGCGAAAACAAAGUCGACCCAACCAUGUGUAUCAAGCUCAUACGACACUAUGAGUGCUCAAGCACGGUCAAGCAUGUGUGCGAGUACAUCAUCCGGUGCAGCAACCCGACCUACAUGGUCGAAGACCUAGGGGAGAUCAUGUACGUUCCCGGCCGGCGACGGCGGCCGUGCCUGGACAAGGGCACGCUAGACACGCGGGAGGAAUGGUACGACGAUCAGGCGUGCCCGGACUGCACGGGGGAGAACGUGGCGCCCGAGACGCCAUGCACGCGCGCACGAGAGCACACGGGCGGCGACGACUACAACCCCCACGUGUACUUCGAGGAGGCCGACGAGAUCGAGGACGACUCGGACUCGGACGACGACGCCUUCUACGCCUACGAGGUCGAGGACGACAACGCCAUCAGCGUCUACGCCCAGAACCUCGCCUUCUGGCUCCUCGCCUACAUGCACUCGCCCAGCAACCCCUUCGACUAUAUCAACCCGCUCCCGGGCACCCCCAUGGGCGACACCGACAACCCCCGCGUCAUGGCCGAGCGCCGCAUGUAUGUGCUAAACGAGCUCCUCUGCCCCGUCCACCCGGAGCACGGCUGCCUGUGCAAGCUCGACCUGGACAGGGAGGCCCUGGCGGCGGGGCGGCGAGAGUUUGGGCACCAGCCGCCCGCCGUCGGCUGUUCUUGUCUGGCGGCCCAGAAGCCGUGGCUGUCCAACUGGGCGGCGCACAUCCGGCGGGAGAAGGCAAGGUCGCUAUACUUUGAACUCGUGAAGUCGGAAAACGGCGCCGACCUGGAGAUCGCCUAUGGCCUGCAAGAGCGCAUCUUCGCGCAGUGCGCGGCGUUGGUAAAGCGCGCCGCCGCCGCCAAGGAGGAGUCCUCGCCGGAGGCCCUUCCCGUGCUUGAGAUACUGCAGCUGCCGUCGGAUGCGAUCGCUGACCGCCGUCGGGUCUUGAGGAAGGAUGCUAAAUUGAUGGUUUCCCUUUGUGAGCGUGAGCAUCAUGAGGAGCGCCAUGAGAGGCAUGACGAAGACAGCUGGAACCGCCUCCAGGGAAGAGCCAGUCUGUUGCCAUGGGUGAAUUUCAUUCUGGCGCACGACUCGGGACUCACCCUGCGACGGGCACGAGAGAUCCUAGGAUUCUUCACGACAAGAGUGGUUCGUUACAAACGCAAAUGGCGAGAGUUCAAGCCGAGAAUCCUCGACUACGAUGCAUGCGAACGGCUGAGAGUGGUAGCCAGCGAACGCCCAAACGAUGUUUGCUAUUGGGCGAGGGAGACUCUCGGCCCAUAUGUGAAAUCCACCGACUUCGACACGAAACUUGGGAAAGACUACGUGGAUUGGCAGCUGGAGGACCGAACGCGAGCAUCCAUCGUAUCUCGCAACAUGACCAAAGCGUCCGACGAAAAGUUUGAGGCGUUAAAGGAAAGCGGAGACACGCAGUGUCCUAUCUGUCUCGAAGACUUUGAAACAAAACCGGUGCAGAACUGGCGUUGUUACCAGCGUGGCCACCGACAUUGGGUGCACGCGCCGUGUCUGGUCAAGUUCGGGCGGACGCUGUUAGAUCGCAAUAGGGAUGAUGUAGCGCCUGCUCCUCGGUGUCCCAUCUGCCGUACCGAAUUUGAAGAUUUCACCUUGGAAGAGAUCGCGGCGCUUUGAAUCGGUAGUAAUACAGGGUCUGGGAGGGCGUGGUUGUUUGCCACAAGGAAGAGACAAGGGCGACUGGGAGGCCUACAGGUAUCGCUGAGUAGGGGGGAAGGAAUCUCAAAUAUUUGUCGUUGACCUGUCAACAAGAAAUAAAAUAAAUACAAACAUGAUACCAGAGUGAGUGGCUUUUCUACUGUGACAUGAACGUGAUACCCACUUAUACUCAUUAACAAUAUUCCUGGAGUUGUAUACGUGAGUAGGAAGCGGCGUUUAGGAAGAAAGUUUGAGUCCGAGUCCCAUAAGUAAUCGAGGAACCCCCACCGAUAAAGCAUUUCAUCACAUCUUAAAACCUUAGCCUAAAUAUCGGCUUAUUGCUUGCUUAUCCUACAGUACCUCUUAGUGUUG